CCAUUCGAGAAAGCAAUGCUUUAUCAAUGGGGAUUUACAGGUCUCUGCAAACCAUAAUUACCAAAAACCCUACCAAAGCCCGAACCUUUUUGACUGCCGCACCGGCGAAUUCAAGUACAACAACUUACGUAAUUCCACCUCUCUUCCACAGCCGAGUCUCGCCGUUUUCUCCGUCGCUUUCUAAAUUGAUCGCUCCCUUCAAUGGCCCUCUCUUCCUCUCUUCCCCGCCAUGGAAGCUCUCUCAAUCGGCCACUCCGUUUUGGGGGAACGCCACCGUUUUGAGAAAAGUCCAAGCGUUGAAUCUUGACUUGAUUAGAGGCGGCGGAGCUAAAUUUCCGGUCAAGCUACGAUUUGGGUCGGUCUUAUCAGACCCUAGUGUAUUGGAUCGGGUGGAAAACGAGAAACGAGGUGUUAAGGAAAGGGGAGCUGUGGUUGAGAGUUUUGUGAAUUUGCCUAAUUUAAUUUCAAUGAGUCGAUUGCUUUCUGGCCCUUUGCUUGGAUGGGUGAUUGUGAAUGAAAUGUACGAUCUUGCAUUUGUGGGAUUAGCCAUCUCUGGUGCAACUGAUUGGUUGGAUGGGUAUGUAGCUAGAAAGAUGAAGAUCAAUUCAGUAGUGGGUUCUUAUCUUGAUCCUCUAGCUGACAAGGUUCUUAUUGGAUGUGUUGCUUUGUCGAUGGUACACAACAAUUUGUUGCACCCUGGACUUGUCGGGCUUGUUGUCUUGCGAGAUGUUUCUCUCAUUGGUGGUGCAAUGUACCAAAGAGCUGGUAGCUUGGGUUGGCAGUGGAAAAGUUGGCUUGAUUUUGUCAAUCUCGAUGGGACUAGUCCACAGAAGGUUGAGCCUCUCUUUAUAAGCAAAGUUAACACAGUUUUCCAGCUGAUUUUAGUUGCCUCGGCUCUCCUUCAACCCGAGUUUGGGACACCGGAAACUCAAUCGUGCAUCACAUACUUAAGUUGGUUAGUGGCUGCAACAACAGUAGGUUCUACCUGUGCAUACGGAGCGCAACACAUGAGAAAGGGACCAGGUUCGAUGACGAGAAAACCUUAGGUUGAAUUCUUUGUUCAACACGAAGACAAUCAAUGAGUUCCUUCGCUUUCAGAAGCAGCCAACGUGUGAGCAUAUAGAGUCAUAGAUGGGAAGAAAGGAAUAGUUCAUGAGCCAAGGGAACUUAUUGGAUGUCUGUAAAUAGCCGGCACCAUCUUGUAAUAAAAGCGACAAACAAUUACGAACACAGAUUCACAAAAGCAUUGCUUAUAGAGUAACUUGAAAGUGUAACUUGUAAUGUUUUGUUACUGAUGUUUAAGCUCUGUUCAAGAGAUAAUGCCAAGUUUUCAAUGUGGAUGAUUUGCA